AUGCAGCAACCCGAAGAAGCUGCCAUUCCGCUCGAAAAGCUCCCUUCCGAGGUGCUCGCCAGCCCGGAUACACUUCACGAUGACUUGCACGACACUGAAAAGCCCGACCGUACCAUAGACUCCGGAUCGACUCUCUCUGCCAGUGCGCCCAAAGACGAUAAAGAUGAAAGCAAGAAAGGCAGCAACACCGCUUUGUCAUUAGAUGACGAUGCGAUGUUCGCGCAUUUGCCGGAACAUGAAAAAGAGAUCCUCAAGAAGCAGCUGGAUGCGCCACAUGUGAAAAUCUCCUUCUUCGGGCUUUACCGAUAUGCCUCGAAGAUGGAUAUAUUGAUUCUCUCGGUCAGCGCAAUAUGUGCUAUUGCUGCAGGUGCUGCCUUGCCCCUGUUCACUAUUCUCUUUGGUUCUUUGACCACCUCUUUCUCAGGCAUCGAAUAUGGUACCACCCCGUACAAUGUUUUCUACUCUGAUCUAUGCAAGAACGUCCUCUAUUUCGUUUACCUGGGUAUUGCCGAGCUCGUGACCGUCUACAUCAGCACCAUAGGCUUCAUCUACACCGGAGAACACAUCACUCAGAAAAUCCGUGAGCACUACCUCGAGGCUAUCCUGCGCCAGAACAUCGCCUACUUCGACAAGCUCGGCGCCGGUGAGGUGACCACCCGCAUCACUGCCGACACCAACCUGAUCCAGGACGGUAUCUCCGAAAAAGUCGGCCUGACCCUGACCGCCGUCGCCACGUUUGUCACUGCAUUCAUCGUGGCAUACAUCAAGUACGCACGUCUUGCCGGUAUCUGUACCUCCACUAUUGUGGCGCUGGUCGUCAUCAUGGGUGGUGGAUCCCGGUUCAUUAUCAAGUACGGCAAACUCUCCCUGGAUGCAUACGGUGCCGGUGGCACUGUUGCCGAAGAAGUCAUCAGUUCCAUUCGCAAUGCGACUGCCUUCGGCACUCAGGACAAGCUGGCCAAGCAGUACGAGGCUCACUUGCGCGUUGCCGAACGAUGGGGCAUGCGCCUGCAGAUGGCUCUUGGUGUCAUGGUUGGUGCUAUGUUCGGCAUCAUGUUCCUCAACUAUGGUCUGGGCUUCUGGAUGGGAUCCCAGUUCCUGGUCGAGGGCAAGGUCAAUGUCGGUCAGGUUUUGACUAUCCUGAUGGCUAUCCUGAUUGGUUCAUUUAGUCUGGGCAAUGUCAGUCCUAACGGACAGGCUUUCACUAAUGCCGUCGCUGCUGCUGCCAAGAUUUUCAGCACUAUUGACCGUAUUUCACCGUUGGAUCCUACUUCCGACGAGGGUCUCGUCCUUGACCAUGUCGAGGGUGAUAUCGAAUUCAGAAACGUCAAGCACAUCUACCCGUCUCGCCCAGAAGUCACUGUCAUGAAAGAUGUCUCGCUCAUGAUCCCCGCCGGCAAGACCACUGCUCUUGUUGGACCCUCUGGUUCUGGAAAGAGUACUGUGGUCGGCUUGGUUGAGCGUUUCUAUCUUCCCGUUGGCGGUAAUGUCUACCUCGACGGUCACGAUAUCCAGGACCUCAACCUGCGUUGGUUGCGUCAGCAGAUUUCCCUGGUCAGCCAGGAGCCCGUUCUGUUUGGUACUACCAUCUACAACAACAUUCGCCAUGGUCUUAUUGGAACCCGCUUCGAGAAUGAGCCUGAAAAACGUAUCCAGGAGCUGAUCGAGAAUGCCGCCAAGAUGGCUAAUGCCCACGAAUUCAUCGUUGCUCUUCCUGAGGGUUACGAGACUAAUGUUGGUCAGCGCGGCUUCUUGCUUUCUGGUGGUCAAAAGCAGCGUAUUGCUAUUGCACGUGCUGUUGUCUCUGAUCCCAAGAUUCUUUUAUUGGAUGAGGCCACCUCCGCUUUGGACACUAAGUCUGAGGGAGUUGUGCAGGCUGCUCUGGACCGUGCUGCCGAGGGCCGUACUACCAUUGUUAUUGCUCAUCGUUUGUCCACUAUUAAGACUGCCCACAACAUCGUCGUCUUUGUCAACGGUGCCAUUGUGGAGCAGGGUACCCACGAUGUCUUGCUUGAGACCGAUGGUCCCUACUCCAAGCUUGUUGAGGCCCAGCGGAUUAACGAGGAGAAGGAAGCGGAUGCCCUGGUGGAGGAAGGUGACUCUGAAUCCGACGAGGCUCUCGAGAAGAAGGAAGUCGCUCGCGUUCAGUCUGUUGCCAGUGCUGCCACCCUGAUGAAGGAUAGCGAGGACAUCCGUGCCUCCGGAUUAUUCGAGGAAGACAUUCGCCGCGCCGAUUCUCGCAAGUCUGUAUCGAGUGUUAUUCUGUCCCGCCGGAGCGGUGACUCCAAGAACAAGUACUCCCUUUGGACACUGAUCAAGUUCAUUGCUUCCUUCAACCGGGCGGAAUGGAAAUGGCUGGUCAUUGGUCUGUGUUUCUCCAUCCUUGCCGGUGGUGGCCAGCCCACUCAGGCUUUCUUGUACGCCAAGGCCAUCAGCGCAUUGUCUCUUCCCAAGGAUCAAUACGCCAAACUCCGAUCAGACGCCAAUUUCUGGUCUCUGAUGUUCUUGGUGGUUGGUAUCGUCCAGUUCAUCACCUUCUCCUCCCACGGUAUUGCUUUCGCCUAUUGCUCUGAACGUCUCAUCCGCAAGGCCCGUAGCCAGGCUUUCCGCACUAUGCUUCGCCAGGACAUCAACUUCUUUGACAAGGAGGAGAACAGCACUGGUGCUUUGACUUCGUUCUUGUCGACCGAGACCAAGCACCUUUCUGGUAUUAGUGGACAGACUUUGGGAACGAUUCUUAUGACCUCGACCACCCUGCUUGCGGCCAUUAUCAUCUCGCUUUCCUUCGGCUGGAAAUUGGCUCUCGUGUGUAUCUCUGUUGUGCCAAUCCUUCUCGGUUGCGGUUUCUACCGUUUCUACAUGCUUGCCGCCUUCCAAUCCCGCUCCAAGGUCGCCUACGAGGGCUCUGCGAGCUAUGCUUGUGAGGCUACCUCGGCUAUCCGUACCGUCGCAUCUCUCACCCGCGAGACGGAUGUCUGGGGUGUUUAUCAUGGCCAGCUGGAGAAUCAAGGCCGCGCCAGUCUUAUCUCGGUUUUCAAGUCAUCCCUGCUAUAUGCCAUGUCCCAGGCCUUGGUCUUCUUCUGUGUUGCCCUCGGUUUCUGGUAUGGAGGUACCCUGCUCGGUCACCACGAGUACACUAUGUUCCAAUUCUUUGUCUGCUUCAGUGAGAUCCUGUUCGGUGCCCAGUCUGCCGGAACAGUCUUCUCCUUCUCCCCCGAUAUGGGUAAGGCCAAGAACGCUGCCAAUGAGUUCCGGAAGUUGUUUGACCGUCGUCCGGUUAUUGAUACCUGGUCCACCGAGGGCACAAGUGUUGAGCACAUGGAGGGUCAUGUUGAGUUCAAGGAUGUCCACUUCCGCUACCCUACUCGCCCCGAGCAACCCGUCCUUCGCGGCCUGAAUCUCAGCGUCAAGCCUGGACAGUACAUUGCCUUGGUAGGACCCAGUGGCUGCGGAAAGAGUACAACCAUUGCUCUCCUCGAGCGCUUCUAUGAUGCCCUCUCUGGUGGUGUCUACGUCGAUGGCCACAAUAUCGCCGACCUCAACCUCAACUCCUAUCGCAGUCACCUGGCGCUGGUCAGCCAGGAGCCCACUCUCUACCAAGGUACCAUCAAGGACAACAUCCUCCUCGGCAUUGAAGCCGACGAUGUCCCUGAAGACGAGCUUGUCAAAGCCUGCAAAGACGCCAACAUCUAUGACUUCAUCAUGUCUCUUCCUGAAGGCUUCCACACCGUCGUCGGCAGCAAGGGUGGUAUGUUGUCUGGUGGUCAGAAGCAGCGUGUAGCAAUCGCCCGCGCUCUCCUGCGUAAUCCCAAGGUUCUCCUCCUCGACGAAGCCACCUCCGCCCUCGACUCCGAGUCCGAGAAGGUCGUUCAAGCCGCGCUUGAUGCCGCCGCUCGCGGUCGCACCACCAUCGCAGUUGCCCACCGCCUCAGUACAAUUCAAAAGGCCGACAUUAUCUACGUCUUCGAUCAGGGCAAGAUCGUCGAGAGCGGCACUCACACCGAACUGCUUCGUAACAAGGGCCGUUACUACGAGCUCGUCAACUUGCAGAGUUUGGGCAAGACUCACUGA